AUGACGGACAGUUAUCACGACACGUCAAAACACACACAACGCCAAAUCGGAUGCUACGUUUCCAGGCUAGUUGCUGUUGUUAUAACGUGUUUUGUCGUUGUUGUCUUUGCAUUAUCAGUCAUGUUGACAAUAUAUUUAUCGGACGGAACAUGCGAGGAGACAGAGGAUGUUAUGAUGCCACAACCAGGUGAGAUACCAGAGGUUAUAGACGAAUUUGAAGGUAUGCUACCAGACACAAUCGAACCCUUCCACUACCGUGUGUGGUUGAAACCUUACAUGGACCAGCACUUGGACGCUGACGAUUUUCUGAAACUUGACGGUAAAACUGAUAUCUAUAUACUGUGUAUAAAAACCACGAACGAGAUUAAAGUUCACGUUCGACUCAUGGCAAUACGUACUUCUAAAAUAUACGACAAGAAUGGGAAUGAACUUGAAAUAGUAAACGUAGAAGAAAAUCUCAAAUACAACUGGUUUGUUAUUCGUACGAAAGAUGACCUGGUGGAAGGCAAUGAAUACAGGUUGCAUUUCGAGUAUGAGGGGACUAUUGACCAACAGGAUCUGCGUGGAUUUUUCUAUGUAUCAUACGAAGAGAAUGGUCAGCAGAAGUCAUACGCCGCGACGCAGUUCCAAUCAACACGAGCCAGAGAUGCAUUCCCAUGCUUCGAUGAACCUGCACUGAAAGCCACCUUUGACACCGUUCUUGUACAUCGCCCAACUCGCAUGGCUCUCUCGAAUAUGCCAAACAUCGGAAAUAUCACCGUGACCGACACCAACGGGGGCGAGUGGGUAGAAGCGCAUUUCAACACAUCGGUAAAAAUGUCGACGUAUCUCAAUGCUUAUUUUAUUGGUGAGUUCCACUGCAAGGAAGACUACACAGAAAAUGGAAUCCAGUUCCGUGUAUGGAGCAUGCCGUCCAAACUCAACACCACCAUAUACUCAUUGGAUAUAGGCAUGGAUAUCCUAACGAACUUUGAAACGCAGUGGGAUAUCUCAUAUCAACUUCCAAAACUAGACAGUGUUGCAUUACCAAUCCACGUGUCUACUGGUAUGGAAAAUUGGGGACUUAUUCUCUAUAGAGAGCCAUACAUGCUGUACGACCCGGUAGAGGACAACCCUGGUGAUAAGAAGGGAGUAGUGGUGCUGGUUGGACACGAGAUAGCACAUAUGUGGUUUGGUAAUCUGGUAACUAUGGAAUGGUGGAGUCAUACCUGGUUGAAUGAAGGAUUCGCGUCAUAUCUUGAAUCAUAUGGAUUCCUAUGGGUUGAACCUGAAUAUGAAUUGCGAGAUCAAUUCUUUUUAAAAGAUCACACCUACCGGGCGAUGCGAAUGGAUCAGUAUGGCGACUCACGUCCUCUCGUAACACCAGCGGGAUUUUAUGAUGAAAUAAACAGUCUAUUCGAUAUCCUGGCUUAUGAUAAGGGAUCUGCUUUAAUACUGAUGAUGAGCGGAUUUCUCGGUGAACCAGACCUAAUAGAUGCCUUACGACAUUAUUUAAAAAGUCAUUCGUAUGGUUCAGUGAUUACCGACGAUUUGUGGGCUUCGAUGAACGAGGUGAUACAGGAAUCACACAACCUUGAUAUGAAAUAUAUUAUGGACCCAUGGGUUCUGCAAAUGGGAUUUCCUGUAAUAAACAUCACGAGAAUAACCACGACCAUGUUCAGAGCUUAUCAGUCACAUUUCUUGAUAAAUCCCUUCGAUGAACCGAAAGACGAGCAUUAUACUAAUAUGGGUUACGUAUGGGUUGUUCCUCUGUCUUACACUCAUGAACAGGAACUGGAAUUCAAAAAUCCUAAUUUGUUGUGGCUGGAAGAGAAUUCCUUGGAAUUUGAAAUACAAGGUUUAACCAAUACUGACUGGGUACUAUUGAACAUCAACCAGACUGCAUACAUACGGGUAAACUAUGACAUUGAGAACUGGCGAAAACUUGCGAAACAACUCACUUAUGCACACGAGGUUAUUCCCGUUAGAAGUCGAUCACAUCUUGUGGACGAUGCAUUAACUCUGGGUGAAGCUCUACACCUUGACCACGUUGUGGCAUUGGAAGUCAUCGAGUAUUUUCGUGAAGAAGACGAACAUAUGCCGUGGCAGGCUUUUGUUGAUGUGAAAUCAUAUACAAAGUACAUGCUGUGGCGUUCGUCAACAUAUGGUCUCUACGAGAAUUAUCUCCGUUAUCUAGUCUCCCCUAAUUACUAUUCAUUGGGAUGGGAAUUUGAUGAUAAUGAAUUGGAAUACUACAGACGGAUCAAUUCACUCAGCGUUGCGUGCGAGAAUAAUUUGAGGAACUGUAUUGAGAAUGCGAAGGCGAGGUACAAAUCUUGGAUCGACCAGCCUGAGAACAAUCCGAUAGAACCAGAUAUAAGGGAUACCGUAUAUUGUACUGCAAUACGACAUGGCGGAGACCAAGAGUGGAAAUUUGCAUACGAUAUGCAAACACGUGCCCACGAAGACCGUGACCUUCUACAGUCAUCUAUGGCUUGUUCUAGAAUCACAUGGAUACUCUUAGGGUAUUUAGAAGAAUCCUUACAUUCUGAAUAUUUUGAUACCGGAACAGUUAUCGGUUAUGUCCGUGACAAAUCGGCAACAGGAUUUAUACUGGCAUGGCGCUUCGCAGUCAAGAACUUCCAACAUCUGUUGGAAUUGUAUGGUCAAAGCGCAUAUGACAUUAUUUGGCAGUUUUCCGAGAAAAUGUACACAGAAAAAGACUUGAACGAGUUGAUUGGGUUCGGACAACAGUAUUACAACAUGCCAACUGAAGCAGCGAAUAAUUUCUACCGAGCUUUGCAAAAAAUACAAGUAAACAUGCAAUGGCAGGCACGCAAUGGAAAUGACAUACACGCUUUUCUUCAAACUUUCAAAGAAAUUUAG